GGCUGUCAGUCACCCUGCCAGAGGGCUCUGCUGCUCAGGGACGGCUUCCAAAGCUGCUCCUGGCGAUGAAACACUCUCCAGCAGCCCAGAUCCUCACCUGACUUCCUCUCUCCUCCGAGGACAGUUGCAGAAAAGUGCUUUUCACUCCUUUGCCACAGGUUGACUUCCAGAGAGUGGAGAGGACCAAGAGCUCCGUCCUGGCCAGCGAUGAGACAGUGACUGGAGGUGAGAGCUCGGUUCCUGCAGGAGGAGGAAGCUCUGGCCUUUGCAGACCCCCUUCUCCUUACGGAAAGUCUCAGGCCAGGCAUGGGACCAUUGGAGGGAGCCAACAGCACAUUCACCGUGGAGAAGACAGCAUUAGAUGAGAGGCUGCCGCACAGCUGGCAUGCCAAGGACUUUGUCGCUCCUACCCAGGACCUCUCUGGUUCCCGCAGUGUCAUGAUGGACAGCACCAAGAUCCUGGGGGUCCAGGUCAUCCUGAUUGCUGCCUACUCCCUCAUCAUUCUGCUGGGCUUCAUCGGAAACUCCCUGGUCAUCUACAUCAUAGUGAAGUACAAGACCAUGAGGACUGUCACCAACUUCUUCAUAGCUAACCUGGCCCUGGCAGACCUGAUGGUGGAUACGCUCUGCCUGCCUUUCACCCUAGUGUACACCCUGCUGGACGAGUGGAAGUUUGGAGCUGUCCUUUGUCACCUGGUUCCUUAUGCUCAGGCUCUGAGUGUCCACGUGUCCACUCUCACCCUGACUGUGAUUGCCCUGGACAGGUACCGCUGUAUUGUUUUCCACCUGGACAGCAGGAUUUCCAAGAGGCUCAGCUUCACCAUCAUAGCUGUCAUGUGGCUGGCAGCAGCCAUCCUAGCAGGGCCUCUGGCCAUCUUCAGGGAGUUCCGAUACGAGGAAAUCCCAUCCAUUAACCUCAAAAUGGCUGUUUGCUCAGAAAAAUGGCCCUCUGCUAACAACAGAGAUGCCACCAUCUACAGUCUGUCCAUGCUCCUCCUGCAGUACGUUCUUCCUCUUGCAAUUAUUUGUUAUGCCUACACCAGGAUCUGGUUCAAGCUGAAAAACCACGUCAGUCCCACUUCUAGGAAUGAAAACCAGUGCAGGAGGAGGAAGACAACCAAAAUGCUCGUGAUGGUAGUUGUGGUAUUUGCAGUCUGCUGGCUCCCCUUCCACAUAUUCCAGCUUGCCAUUGAUCUUGACCUGGUUCUUAUCUUCCAUGAGUACAAACUCCUGUACACUGUCUUCCAUGUUGGGGCCAUGUGCUCUACGUUUGUCAACCCCCUGCUCUAUGGAUGGAUGAACAAAAACUACAGGAAUGGCUUCCUUAUGUUCUUCCGUUGCCAGAACAAGCCCGAAAGCAUCCACACUGAAGGCUCAGUUAGAGGGAGGUCUUACAUCUUCAGGGCCAACACCCUAAAUGGGAGCAUCAAACAGACUCCUGGCAAUGGAGCACUGCCCACAGAGGUUUAGGGAUGGGACAUCCACCUCUAGGACUGAGGCUGGCUGGGCCCAGAGACAUUCUUGGGUGAAUGCCUUUUUUUGACAGAGCAUUGUGCUGCCAAUUAUAGCUACAGCAGCCAUGUAGAAAUACGAAAUACCCCCUGUAUCUCUCAAAACAAUAAAUCUGGUG